UCUCGCAGUGUCGUGUAGGGCCUUUUAUUUUCUCCGUUACUUCGGCUAAAAUAACCACAUAAUAUUUGUAGCAGAGUGUGAAAUACAGUUUCAAAGAGACUGGGUAGUUCUAAACACAUCAACCCUCCUUCAAAGAGGUCCAGGUUGGCAAGUGGAAAAAUCGCCUAUGGAUACACCUGAAAGUCCCACCCAGUCUCCUCAGUCGCCUGAGGAGGAGGAGAGGGGCGUUUCUGACAGUGAGCUACUGGAUUCUCCUGAUGAAGAGGAGGACAGGGUCAUUUCAGACAGCGAUAUUGUCCAAGAUGAGGAGAAUUUAGGAUUAGAUGAGGAGGAGGAGGAAGAAACGGUAGAAGGCAGAGGAAGGGAUUCAGAGUUGGAGGAGGAGGAGGAUGAAGUAGUCCCAGAUUUUGUCUCAGACCCAGAGGAGGAGGAUCCUGUUGGGGAGGGAAGAGUGAUGGGACAGGAGGAUGAGACUAUAGUUUUGAUGGAAGGAGAUGAGGAUGGCCCACAAGGGAACCACUCUGCUGAGGAGGAAGAAGAGGAUAGAGUUAUUGACACCCCGCUGUCUCCGGAUUCAGAACCAGACCAGGGUAGAAACUUCUUCACUGAGAAAAGAGAAGAGGGCUACGAGGAUGUCAGGAAGGAGACUUUAGUCGAACCAGGUACUGAAACAGCAGAAGUGAAUGAGGAGGAGGAUGAAGACAAGAACAGGGCGGAAGAUGAGGAGGAAGAGGAGAGGAGGAGAGCUGAGGAGCAGGAAGAAGCAAGGAGGAGGAGGCGGGUGGUCGUAGUGAGGGAGAUGAAGGAUGACUCGGCAUCUGUCUCAAGGGAGCUGGACGAGCAUGAGCUGGAUUAUGAUGAAGAGGUCCCUGAGGAACCCAGCAUACCCACACACGAAGAAGAAGAGGAUGAAGAGGACAUCAAGGCAGAAGGAGAGGAUGAGCAGGAGACGGAUGACAAGAACAGUAGCAAAAGAAAAGAAAAGAAACCUAUUCUCCCUCCAUCUCCAAAUGACAGUCGGUCUAAGAAUGAGAACUCCAAAGGACCAGAGAGGGGGCGAAGAGAUUCUUUCCGAGACAAGAAGAAGGAUGAGGAUGAUGGAGAGAUUGAUGAAGGAGAGAUAGAUGAUGAUGAUUUGGAGGAGGGGGAGGUCAAAGAUCCCAUGGACCGGAAGAUCAGACCACGUCCCAUCUGUAGGUUCUUUGUCAAAGGUAAUUGCACAUGGGGAAUGAACUGUAGGUUCAUCCACCCUGGAGUCAACGACAAAGGUAACUACUCCCUCAUUAGUAAGCCAGACCUCUUCUCACCUAAUGGAGCACCUCCUGGAGGACCACAUCCUCUCAUGCCCAAUAACCCCUGGGGCGGGCCUGCGGUUGAAGAACUUCCACCCCCCCCCCCACCAGUGGAGCCUCCUGUGGAGAGUGCCUGGGAAAGAGGGCUGAGGCAUGCUAAAGAGGUACUGAAGAAGGCCACCAUCCGUAAGGAGCAGGAGCCAGACUUUGAGGAGAAGCGGUUCAAUGUGACCAUUGGAGAGGACGAGAGAGACUUUGAUAAGGAGAACGACUUCUUCAGGGAACGCAGCUACCGAAUCAUCAGAGAUGAAAUGGAAUUCAGAGAUCCUAUCUAUGGUGAUCCAUAUGCUGACCCAUACUAUGACUAUGAAAUGGAGGCUCUAUGGCGUGGGGGACAGUAUGAAAACUUCAGAGUGCAGUACACAGAAGCCCCUCUUCCAUACCACUACAGUGAGCGUGAACGAGACCCCCGAGAACGCCACCGGGAACGUGAGCGAGAGAGAGACCACCGCGAGAGGGAGCGCAGGCAGCGGGAACGAGAGAGGGAGCGAGAAAGAGAACGUGAGAAGGAGAGAAUGCGCAGAAAGGAGGAGUGGGAUCGGGACCGUAUGAAGCGGGAUGAGAAAGAGAGGCCAAGGAUGCGUCCACCCAGAGAGCCAAGGGAGAAAAAAGAGGAGGACAAACUUAAGCCCCGCUCGCCCAUCAGCUUGCCACCCAGCAGGCCGAUGGAGCCCCCCUCUAAGAAAGAGGUAGUACCAGUGAUGAGGCGGCCAGAUGAGUGGAAAGACCCGUGGCGCCGGUCCAAAUCCCCCAGGAGACGACUCGGAGUGGGCUCUCCACAGCGUGGUCGCAGGCGACACCGGCCGUCUGGCUCCUCUGUUUCUCUGUCAAACUCUUCCAGAUCCUCGUCUCGGUCUUCCUCCUACACGGGCUCUGGGUCAUCUCGCUCUCGUUCACACUCACGCUCCUCUUCAUUCAGCUCCUACUCCAGCCACUCCUCCCAGCGCAGCUCCUUCAGUGGUAGUCGUUCAAGAUCACGAUCAUUCUCCACCUCCCCCUCCCCAAGCCCAGCAGCACCAAGAAAUGCUAAGAACAAAACAGAACUGCCUCCUGCACUAGCUAAAGGUGUGCUGCUGAAGCCUGGUGCCAUGCCCCCUCCUCGUAGGGACAAGCCCCCCAUAAAAAAGGUUCCCACUCCUCCUCUGCCUGGUGGACAGCAGGGUAAGCCUCCCAAACCCCUGUUAGAAGGGGCCAAGCCUCCUAUCAACACCAGGGAGGGAGGAGGUGGGGUAGGGGGAAGACCCUUGGGCCCGCGAGAACCUGGGAAGCCCCCCAACCCAAGGGAAGGCAGGCGGAAAGAACGGCAACAACACCCUCCUCGGAGGCGGACUGUGAGUGGCAGUGUAAGCGAAAGUGGAAGCAGUUACACUGGAUCCAGCUCCAGAUCAAGAUCGUCUUCUAACUCCCUCUCUCGCUCACGCUCCGGGUCAAGAAAAUCCAGAUCUUUGAGUGUGAGCAGCGUGUCAUCAGUCUCCUCUGCCUCAUCCAGUAGCAGCUCGGUGCGCAGCGCCGAUUCAGAUGACAUGUACGCUGACCUGGCCAGCCCUGUGUCCUCCGCUAGCUCACGUUCUCCUACGCCAGGUCACCCUCGCAAGGAGCGAGGCCCACCUCGCGACAGACCACCUCACAGCAGAGAAAAGGGCAGAGGUCUGUGUGUGUCUGUGAGAGGGAGACGGAGAGAGAGAGGGAUCGUAAACGUGUCAGUUAAUGAAAGUUUAACAGAGAGGCCGCCAAAGAAAGACGAGCCCUUCAGAGAGGACCGUAGAAAGACGGAGCCAUCCGGCAUGCCCCCUAGAGGAAGCAACACCACGCCCAGAUCAGGGCCUGGUAGCAGGGGAGGCCAUCCCACGCAUCUGCCACCUGGCAGUAUAGGCCCUCCAGGAGGCUACGGAGGCUCAGGUUCCCACAAAGACAUUAAACUCACCCUCCUCAACAAGCAGCAGGGAGACAGGAGUAACAGGAAAAGAUACCUGCCCUCAGACAAAGACAGGCCAAGUUCCCCAGUCAGCAAGCGAAUGGCCAUGUCUCCAGACAGAGGCCGGGACAAGAGGAUACCUGGCCGACCCCCACUCUCUCCUCGUAUGGAUCGGCCCAGAGGCCAGGGUCCCCGACCAAUGCCCCCCCAGGGAGACAGGAAACGCCCCUUGUCUCCACCUCCCAAGUCAUCCGGGAAAGGUCCGGUGGUGCCAUCAGGCAAGCCUGCUGUCCCAGGCUCAGGUUCCACCGCUGGGCCAGGUUCCAGUUCAGGCUCUGGUUCUGGCUCGGGCUCUGGCAAACCCAGCAACACACUGUCACGUCGUGAGGAGCUGCUGAAACAGCUGAAGGCUGUAGAAGAUGCCAUCGCUCGAAAGAGGGCGAAAAUUCCUGCAAAGUAAAGGCCCUGCUCCUCAACUUUUUGCCUGCCUGCCAGUUUGCCUGCCUGUACGGCCUCGUUGCUAAGGCAACUGUGAGAGUUGCGGGAUGGAGUUGUGACCAGCGAAUCUUGACUUUCUUCCCUCUGCAGUGAUUGCGUGUAGCAUCUCACUGGACACGUGUAAAAAUGUUCUCUGUCCCACAAUGUAUAAAGGCCGUCGUAUAAAUGGUUAAUGAACAACAGUGGCUGUCAAUAAAAACCAUCCAGCUUUUUUGCCCACAGAAGAGAGGUUUGGUUACUGUCCAUUGUAGAGCAUUAUUCAUACCUUUAUUCCUUAGUUUUGCUCUCCAAACAAGCCUUUGAAUGUCUGGGGCACAGUUUACUUUGCUGUUGAAAAAAGGGAGGGUGAACAAAGGAAUAUAGUGGCAAGAAAAGUUCAUGGAAUGGAGUGCCCAUUUUGUAGAUUUUACAAUACCAAACAGAAAGGUGGCAAAAUGGAUUUCACCACUUGCUACCUGCUCUGGUCUGUUAAGUGAAAAGAAUCUUGCUCAUGUUGUCUGUUUGAUCAAUAAGGUGAAUUUAUUUACAUUGAAUCUAUCACUUGUCAAUCUCUGCCCCUUUUUAUUGUCUGUCUUGUUUUAAGCUUCCUUAAUUAUUACGUUCUUUUGUAUUUGUGUGGAGUAGCUGGACUGUUCUGUGAAUGCAGGGCACAUGAACUGAACUAGCCUACAGGACUCCUCAAAGGUUCCUCAUACCAACACAGCUAAGCAUUUUGUAUUCAGACCCUGAGAACAGUCGCCCAUCCUAGCUUAGUUCUCAUUGGGCCCUCCUCAACCAAUGACGCUUUAGGUCUAUGUUGCUGUUUUUUUGUUUUGUUUUUUUUUUUCAGAGCAAUGUUCACUUUCAUACCUUGUACAAUAAUAGUGGGUUACCAGAUUCUCAAGUGUAUGAUUAUUAUAGAAUACAGUUCCAACAGUGAUGUGAAGUAUUGCUUUUUUUUAAUCUAUGGCAUUUUGUUUUCUUCUUAGCUCUUUUCAAGUGAUAUACCAAUAUUUUAUUUGUUUCAGAUUUUUAGUUGACACAGUAUGAGAGAUGUAAUGGGACACUUGGAGACAAGAUGUAUCUGUCUUGCUUUUGUGAAAAAAGGCUUCUAAAUAAACUAUUUUGAUAA